AUGCUCGCCCGUUCCGCCGCCUCCACCCUCCGCGCUGCCGUGCGCCCCGCACCUCGCGCUGCGCGCGCCGCCGUCGCUGUGCGCUUCAACUCGUCCGAGGCAAAGGAGGAGUCCAAGGAGGACGAGAGCUCGAAGAAGAUUGCCGAGCUCGAGGCCAAGUUCAAGGAGCAGGAGAAGGAGAUGCAGUACCUCCGCGCCGACUACCAGACCAUGUCGCGCCGCGUGCAGGAGGAGCGGGCCAAGGCGACGGACUUUGCCAUUUCCAAGUUUGCGCGCGAGCUCGUCGGUGCGACACAGGUACUCAGCACCGCGCUCAAGCACACUCCCAAGCCCGUGGAGAAGGGCUCGGCCCUCGGCAACCUCUUUGACGGCGUUGAGCUUACCCGCAAGAGCAUUCUGCAGACGCUCGCGCAUCACGGCGUCACCCCCAUGGGCGAGAUUGCCGGCACCCCCUUCGACCCUAACCUUCACGAGGCCAUCUUCCAGGUUCCCGCUGCUGUUGCGCCCAAGAAGAGCGAUGGGAGCGACCCCAGUGCCGGAGACAUUAUCGAGGUCCAGAAGGAGGGGUGGAUGAUCAAGGAGCGCGUGCUCGUGCCCGCCCAGGUUGGCGUCGUGCAGUUGGAGGAGUAG